CAUCGGCACUGUCGGUACUCGGUAGUCGGGAAAGACGAGCGAUCGCGCUUGGAUUGGAGUGUCGGAGCAACCAGUCCAAAGACUCAUAGACCAUACAUAUGCGUGAGGAAUGUAAUCCGUGCCCGAUGACCCAUCCGUUACCCGUGUACGACGCGCUGCAAUUCAGACUGCCAAAUUUCAUCCAGGGGACAAGAAGGAAAGUGCAGCUACGGACAAUUUUUGAAGAAGCGCCAUAGAAAGCCUGUGGUGGAUUAGGCGUCGGUAAUCGAUGGGUUGAGAACGCUCUUUGCUAUUUUUUUCUUUUUGUUAUCAAGGUGUGUAGCUUACCUAUGAGCCAUGCUGAAGGUGGUCGGAGCCUCGUGGCUGCAGACGCGCAUCUCCACUUAUAUUCUCGUCGCUGUCGCUCUUCUUGGCAUUGGCACCAUUAUCCUCGGUGAAUUCGGACUUGUUGAGAAAGAUGGAACUUAUUCGGCUACCGUGUCGUGGAAUCACAAGGGAGGAUAUCGUAUCGACUUUUGGGGUCAAGGUAACGAUCUCGCCGAUGUACGAUUGAAUGCUGCCCGUGCCUAUUACAAGACUGGCAUAUUCGAAUCUGGAUGGUCCAUCAUCGAAAUAGAAACGUCAUCGAAGUAUCCGGACACCGUGCAGGCUUAUGCGGCCGGUUUGUUAGAGGGUAGUCUGACAUGGCAAAUAAUCCAUCAUCAUUGGCAUAAUACCGUCAACGUUGUUUGUGAGAAAUGGGCAUACGAAUGCCAGAAAUUGAUGCGAUUCCUUCAUGAGAACACCGUUAUUGUCCGCGAGCGUGCCGAGCGCUUGGCACCCACGGAUCCAUUCUGGCAUAUGGUGAAGCUGUUUUAUAUUCAAUUGGAUGGUCUAGAGGCUGGCUGGAAAUUCGCGGUUCGUCGUAGUCGGCAGUCAGUGGAAAUGAACAAGGAACACUUCCUCUGGCUGGCAAUGGCUGCAGAUCUACCGGAUCUCGAACGAACGCUGAACAAUUCCGAAUUCUAUCGCGAUUACAUCAAAGGCAUGAUUUUCUUGAAAAGCCUAUCACGUGAAGGAUCAGAUCCGUUGGUAGCUAUUGGACAUACUACUGCUGCACCAUAUGCUAAAAUGCUAAGAUUAUUGAAGAAAUAUACUUUUGGUUAUCAUAUUCUGCCAAGUUUAAAAACCUUUGCGCCAAUGCCAAGCAGAUCUAUUAUAAUGUCAUCUUACCCUGGUGCUCUGUCAUCUCACGAUGAAUUCUAUUGGAUUCAAGGAGGGAAUCACGAGAUUAUUAUCGUUGGAACGCCAAUGACAGACACUAACACCAGUCUGUGGAAUUUUAUGAGAACAAAGAAUCAGGUAAUGUCAUCCGUAAGAGUGAUGGCGGCGAAUCGUCUGGCAACAAAUGGACGUUCCUGGUCUCGUAACAUGUCGUUGCAAAAUGGUGCUGAUACAGCACGACAAUGGGUCAUUUUGGAACUGCGUGACAGCGUUGUUUGGCUUAUUGAACAAUUACCGGGGCUUAUUCGCACGACAGAUGUCAGCAAGCAGUUCGUCGGCACUGACGUGCUUUGGGCUAUAGGUGAAGUUCAUCAUCCCGAGAUCAACAUGAUAAUUAGCGAAAAUGAAGAAGAAGACGAUGAUAUGACAAAAAGCGAGCUAGUCGCGAGAUUACAGAGCAACAUCACUACGAUAGAACACUUUAAGAGGUUGAUGCGAGGAUACAGUCACGAGAUAUCUACCAAUAAAAACGAAGAUCCGGUACAGAUUUUAACUAAUAGAGGAGACCUGGAGAAAGUUAAUUUACCAUUCGGUAUAAUCGACAUGAAAAUCAUCCUGGCCGACGUUGAUGGUGUGAAGAGUUUUGAGGUCACUUCCGGACCGAGUACGUUGGACUCCACGCAGCCCUUCCGAUGGUCGACCACUUUCCCCAACGUCUCGCACAUAGGUCAGCCCGAUGUUUUUAAUUUCGAUAGCUUUACUCCUCUAUGGGUUUGGCUCUAAAUCGAGAUCAUUUAAAUAUAUAAAAAUAAUAAUAUUAGUAAUGACGA